GCCGUCGGGUCCGCGGCGGCCGCUCCUCCCGCUGCAGGCGUCGCGACCCGGCCAGCGAGUCGCCCGCCGCACCUGCCGCCCGCAGCGCCUGCAGCCCGCGCCCGAGGAAAGAUUGGAUUAAUGGCUGAUUUCAAAUCCUAAACCUCCAUGCUGAGCAACUUUUGUGGCUUGUCAAGAAGAGGCUAAGGAUGUCCUCGGCACGCUGUGUAGCACAGACUAAAGAAAUUUAUGACCAUCUCCUGGAAGUCCCAGUCUCUCGGGACCAAUUAAACCACUAUCGGAAUGUGGCUGAAGACGCUCGAAGUGAACUGGCGGCAACUUUGGUCAAAUUUGAAUGUGCUCAGUCUGAGCUUCGAGACCUCCGCUCCAAGCUGCUGUCUAAAGAAGCCUUCUGUCAAGAGUUGAAAGCUGAAAUGGAGAAUUACAAAGAAAAUAAUGCUAGAAAAUCAUCUCUCCUCACCUCUCUGAGAGACAGAGUUCAGGAGCUGGAAGAAGAAUCAGCAGCACUUACCGCUUCUAAAAUUAGAACGGAAAUCACAGCUCACACUGCAAUCAAGGAGAACCAGGAGUUAAAGAAGAAAGUUGCAGAACUAGAUGAGAGCUUCCAAAAGUGUUUAAAGGAAAUUGAGGAGAAUAAGAAUCAAGUCUCAAAGAAUUGCAGGCAACAUGAAGAAUUUCUAGCUCAACUUGGUGACUGCUUAGAUCCAGACAAGAAGAAUGAAAAGGCAUCAUAUGAAGAUUUAAUUCUAAAGCUUAGAGAGCUGUGCGAAGAAAAUGCAUUCGUCAAAGGACAGAUUGUUACUCUUGAAGAGACUAUAAAUGUCCAUGAGAUGGAAGCAAAAGCUAGCAGAGAAACCAUCAUGAGGCUGGUUUCAGAAGUAAACAGAGCGCAGGAAAAAGCUGCCUCCUGCACUAAAGAGAAAGGCAAGCUGAACCAGGACUUGCUCAGUGCUGUAGAGACAAAGGAAGCUCUUGAAAUGGAAGUUAGGAUCCUCCAAGAGAGGCUGCUUGCUGGCCAGCAGGUCUGGGAUGCUUCGAAGCAGGAGCUGAACCUCUUGAAGAAAAGGUCUUGUGAGUUGGAGAAGAGUCUAGAGGCCAGCGUGGAUGCGGCUGCAGCCUCGCGAAGCCAGUACUUCUCAUUUAGGGAGAAAGUCGCAGCCCUGCUUAGAGGCAGCUGGGGCACGACUGGGCCAAAGGAGGAUGCCAUUGUGGAAAGGAUCCGAGAAAUGACCAGCCAAGAGGAAAGCAGGAAAAAGAUGGUCUCCCAGCUUGAAGCCCGAAUAUCUGAGCUUGUUGAACAGUUGGGAAAUGAGUCUGGGUUUCACCAGAAAGCUCUACAGAGAGCCCAGAAAGCAGAAAACAAGUUGGAGGUUCUUCAGGGUCAGCUGACACACCUGGAGGGAGAGCUGGUUUCUGGAGAUGUUUUGCGAGAUAACUUGAAUUUUGAGAAACAAAAAUAUCUUAAGUUUCUGGAUCAGCUCUCAGAGAAAAUGAAACUGGACCAGAUGGCUGCUGAACUUGGCUUUGACAUGCGUCUGGAUGUAGUUUUAGCUCGCACGGAGCAGCUGGUCCGUCUUGAGAGCAAUGCAGUCAUUGAAAACAAGACACUUGCCUACAAUUUACAGAGAAAGCUUAGGACUCAGAAAGAAAGACUGGAGAGCAAAGAACUGCAUAUGAGCCUCCUGCGGCAGAAAAUCGCCCAGCUGGAGGGGGAAAAGCAGGUGCGUUCGGCCCUAGCAGUGGAGAGAGAUGAAGCCAGUCUCACCCUAAGAAAGUUGCAGAAGAAGGUGGAGAGGCUUCAGAAGGAACUGAGUGUGUGUCGAGAAGCGAACACGGAGCUCAAAGCCAAGCUGGCUGACACCAGUGAGCUUAAGAUUAAAACUUUGGAACAGACCAAAGCCAUUGAAGAUCUAAAUAAAUCGAGAGACAAACUUGAGAAGAUGAAGGAGAAAGCUGAGAAAAAGCUAACGUCUGUCAAGUCAGAACUGGAUACCACAGAGCGCGAGGCUCAGGAGGAUAAAGAGAGAGCCAAGAACAUGAUAGAAGUGGUAACCAACGAAAUGAAGACACUAAAAAAAUCUCUGGAAGAAGUAGAAAGGAGAGAAAAGCAGCUGGUGGACUUCAGAGAGGUGAUUUCCAAGAUGCUGGGCUUGAACAUGACCAGUCUUGCACUUCCUGACUAUGAAAUCAUCAGAUGUCUUGAAAGACUGAUCCAUUCACAUCAGCAUUAUUUUGUCACCUGUGCCUGCCUCCAAGAUGUGCCGCCUAGAGGAGAGAGGCACACACAGAGCCACUUAAAACUUCUUCAUUAAAUACCAUCUCUCUUGGGGGAAGUGGA